AUGGGCCCCUGUACCGCCUCCUCACGCUGCUGCCAGGCCCCUAAUCUGCCAUGGGCCCCUAUACCGCCUCCUCAUGCUGCUGCCAGGUCCAGAGUCUCUCAUGGGUCCCUGUACGGCCUCCCAUUGCUGCUGUCUCCAUCGCCACACUCUGCCAUGUGCCACUUUCAGGUCUCCUCACACUGCUGGUGGGUUCCAUUUUUUUUGUCAUAGGGUGCUGGCAGAUUACGGGCCUCCCAUAGCUGCUGCCAGGCCCUAAUCUGCCAUGGGCCCCCGUACCGACUCCUCAUGCUGCUGCCAGGCCCGUAAUCUGUCAUGGGCCCCUGUUGUCAGCUUGUUGCAUAUUCCUGUAUGCUCGUUCAGAUUGCUCCUGUUCUCCUGCUACUCCUCUUCACGGAUUCGUCAGCUGUGUCAGUUCUAUGGAAUCCGUUUCCAAGAGACAACA